AUGGUGAGGGGGAAGACGCAGAUGAGGAGGAUAGAGAACCUGGCCAGCCAGCAAGUGACCUUUUCCAAGCAUCGGAGAGGCCUUCUGAAGAAGGCCUUUGAGCUCUCCAUGCUCUGCGAUGCUGAGAUCGACCUCAUCGUCUUUUCAGCCCGUGGGAAGCUCUACGAAUUCGCCAGCUCCAGGUCGACCCUCCUCCUCCUCUCUCCCUCUCUCUCUCCAUCUCCUCUUCCUGCUGUUCGAUUCAGUUUCUUUUUAGCUCGCUCUUUUUCAAUAGCUAUUUCCGUUGAGAUUUCUUCGUUUGGCCAUCCACUUGCUAAUUUUUUCGUGCUUACUAGUUCGAUGAAUAUAGUGAAGUUUUACUUUUUUCAUGAAAAUAAUAUCUGUUUGUUUGCUCUUGCUGCCAACACCCUCCGCAAGCUUCGCAAGUAG